CAGCUCCGUGAGUUGCCCAUAGCAACGAACGACACCACCAGCAGAGACUCAUGCUGCAGUCGAGGCUUCAUCGUUCAGGGAGCUGUAUUUUACUUGGCGUUACCAACGCUAAAUAGAUGGAUGUGCCGGUUCUCUGGUGCUGUUUAGAACUGGAAUUUGGUACUGACAGGACAGGUUUGCUGAUUAUACAUCCGUACGUUAGCUAAUUCGGUAUUUAGAAACCCUUCGUCAUUAGCCAGCCAGCUAACGGCUACAUAAUAACUUACUAGCUAGCUAGAGUCAGUUUAAUUCAGUGCGCAUUCUUUCAAACACGUUUUGUUUUAAGCUCACUUAGCUGACAUAUUCAUACUAUUUUCUCAUACGUUAACGUUAACUAACUAACUAACGCUAGCUAAAGUUAAGCCAUAGUAGUUAAGUGGCUUAACGUAACUUGUGGCUGUAACGUUGUUUGGCGCCGCUCAAAACGGUACGUAGGUUAGCUUAGCGUAGUUGGUAACGCUUCUUAUUCUUUCAAGUUCAAUGUCGGCGAUAAGCAGCCUUGUGCCAACUCGUUUCCUCACUCUCAUAGCGCACCUUGUCAUAGUUAUCAUCAUAUUCUGGUCACGGGAGAACAAUGUUAAAGCUUGUUUGCCGCUAGACUACACUAAUGAAGAAUACACUCUGGAAGACACACGGCUGGUGGUAGCAUUAUCUGUGUCUCUGGGACUGUUUGCUGUAGAACUUGUUGGGCUCUUCUCUGGAGCCUCCAUGUUCAACAACAAUCAAGGCCUUUUAUGUAUCUUUGCUAGGGGUGCAUCAAUAUGGGAAUUCUGGUCCAAAACACCUUUACAUUUCACUACAGCAUGUCAUGCAAGUGGCUCUGUUGCUCUGCUCUUUUUGCUGUUCGAGCAGUGGACCUGCAGUAUCUACUGGUGGAUCUUUGGCUUCUGUAGUGUGGUUCCAGCAAUCUAUGAGAUGAUCCUGCUUUUUGCUGUCUUUGGGCUGAAGAAGAAGCCACUGUGAAUGAUACAGUAUUUGCAUGACUAAUAGAAUUCUCCUUCAUGGUAUAACAGAGAAGAUUGGGUUGCCAAGCAACAGGAAUAUCAGUGGUCUAUCUACAAUCAGAGCAUAAAAGGAAAUACUAUUAAUAUUAUUACAAUUAUUUUAUAUUAUCAUCAUUUGUUCUUAUCAAAAGUACCAGAGAAAUGGGGCUUUAAUCUACUCAUGUAUGUAAACAAAUGGAACUUAAGUAGGAAGAAUUUUAUACUGACCUUUAUCAAUAUAUCUUUUAUGUUUUGUGCUGUUUUUUUUAUAGUUUGCAAAUAAAAUAUUUUUUAAAUGAAAGGUUGUAAUUGAAUGCAGUAUUGCAUGCUGAGAGUGAGGACUGAAUGCAGCCUUGCUGAAUAUCACCAGAGAAACCCAAAGCAUGUUAAUCAGCUGCAUUGCUUGAUUUCCAGCAGUGAAGCCUAAAGAAGAUGGAAAGGACAUUUUUUGUAAGGGUCUUUGUUUUUUAAAGCACUGGUAGAGUUUUCAGGAUGUUUUCAGUGUGGACUGCAUCUUCCCAGAAAAAGAGACAUUCAGCUUUCAUGUGUUUUGUUAUGAGCCAAAUAGAUCUUGUUUGUACUGUUGUGCUGGCCUAAGGAUUUGAGAUGCUCUGGUCCCAGCCUGACAGAAGCUUUAGAGUCCCCGCCCCCACCCCCUGAAAAAACUGAGGUGUAAUAGAAUUUGGACACUUAGAUAUUUUGUAAUAAUUAAGAUGGUCUGACAUACAUUCAUCGUGGUGUCUUUGUGUUUUCUUUUUAUGCCAUAUGAAGAAUGGAUCAAUAGAAAUGGUCCAAAAUGACUUUGGAUAAAAUGUUUUUAAAUUAAUCGACUUUGAAUAAUAUAAAACAUAUUAGAAAUAAUGUUGGAAAUCUAACCGUUAAUUGAAGUAACUCUAGUAAAAGAAAAAUUCUUGUGUAUGAUCCACAAUGAGGAGAGCAUUUCUGGAAGGAGCAUGGUUGGAGAAUUGUAAAAGAUGCAUUGUGGGGUCACCAACACUGAAAAAAGUGUGGUAACUUAACCCUGUGUGGUGUUCGGGUCUGCAGGACUCAUUUUCAAUGUUUAUCACAAUAAAAAGUGAUUUAUUAUUAUUCCAA